AUGCUGUCGCGCCAGUCUGUCGGACGCCACGCUCAGCGUGCCCUGCGCCGCCAAUGCGCCCAGCCCGCCGGCCGCCGCGGCCUCGCAGCUCCCGCCUCAGGCUCUUUCCAGUACCAGACCGGCGACCAUUCCGGCGUCAAGUUCGCCAGCCGUGACCUGGCCGGCCCCACCACCACUCUGGCCCUCGUUUCCAAGGCUGGAACCAGGUACCAGCCGCUGCCUGGCCUGACCGAGGCCCUGGAGAAGUUCGCCUUCAAGAGCACCAACCGCAGAUCUACCCUCCGCAUCGUCCGCGAGUCCGAGCUACUUGGCGCUGAGCUUCUGCCCUACCACUCCCGCGAGAACCUCGUCCUCGCUACCAAGUUCCUCCGCGAUGACCUGCCCUACUACGCCGAGCUGCUCGCCGAGGUCGCGACCCAGACCAAGUUUGCCCCGCACACUCUCCACGAGGAGGUCAUCCCCCUCAUCCAGAUGGCGCACCAGAAGGGCCUCGCCAACACCAACGAGCUCGCUCUGAACUCCGUCCACGGCCUGGCCUUCCACCGUGGCCUGGGCGCUCCCAUUGUCCCGACCUCGUCCGCCGGCUACUACAAGUACAUCGAGCCCGAGACGGUCGCCGAGUUCGCCGCGCAGGCUUACGCUAAGCCCAACUUCGCCAUUGUCGCCAACGGUGCUGAUCACAGUGAGUUGAGCAAGUGGGUCGGCGAGUUCUUCACCGAUGCGUCUACGACCAAGGCCCUUGAGUCCCCCCAGACCAAGUACUACGGUGGCGAGGAGCGUAUCGCGCACGCUGGCAAGAACACCAUCAUCAUCGCUUUCCCCGGCUCGAGCUCCUACACCGGCGGCUUCUACAAGCCCGAGAUCUCGGUCCUGGCUUCUCUCCUUGGCGGCCAGUCUCAGAUCAAGUGGACCUCUGGCUUCUCUCUCCUGUCCAAGGCCAGCGACCAGUUCCCCGGCGCCAAGGUCGACACCAAGAGCCUCAUCUACUCGGAUGCCGGCCUCCUCACCGUCACCAUUAGCGGUGCCGCCAAGGAUGUUUCCGGUGCGGCUGCUGCGGCUGUCAAGACGCUGCAGGAGAUUGCGGGCGGCAACAUCAAGAGCGAGGACAUCCAAAAGGCCAAGGCCCGCGCCAAGUACCUGGAGCUUGAGCACGGCCAGAACAUCUUCGGCAGCCUCGAGCUGACCGGCGCCGGCCUUGCCCAGAGCGGCAAGCCCUACCAGCUGGACGAGACGGCCAAGGCCAUUGACGGCGUUUCGGAAGAGGUCGUCAAGAAGGCCGCCGCGGAGCUGCUCGAGUCCAAGGCGUCGGUUUCGACCGUCGGCGACCUUUUCGCACUACCCUUUGCGGAGGAACUGGGUCUGAGGGUGUAG